AUGAAUAGAUGGUCAGCCGAUUCGUCUACAAGAUUGCAUAUUGAAGAAGCAAAAGAGAUGGUUUUGGACCGUGUUUUGCAGCUGGAAUUCCUGGUUCCUCCAGGGAUUAAGAACAAUAACCAAGGGAACAUUUAUAUCUCGAAGUCCAGUCCAUCAUCCAUAAUAGACGCAUACUUAAAGCAAUUUACGAGUUAUUUUACGGGUUUUCUGAAGUGUCCGUCCGAGGAAUUAGUCAAGGGAGGAAGAAUGGUUUUAACACUUCUGGGCAGAACAAGCGAAGACCCAACUAGUGAAGAGGGCUGUUCUUUUUGGGAUACAUUAGCUUUGGCACUCAAGGACAUGGUUUUAGAGGGAAUAAUCGAAGAGCAAAAGUUAAUCUCAUUUAACAUAACGCAGCAUACGACAUCCGUUGAGGAAGUGAGCAUGGUUAUUCAAUGUGAAGGUUCAUUCAAGAUUGACCAAAUCGAAGUUUUCCAGGUGAAUUGGGAUAGCAGUGAAGAUGAAAGUUCAGAGGUAGAUAGUUAUAAGGCAGUGAAAUGCAUCAGAGCCGUGUCGGAAUCCUUGCUAAUGAGCCACUUUGGGAUUGGGGAAGAAAUAAUCGACAGAUUGUUCCAUAGGUACAUGACAAUUGUUGAUAAUAUGCCUAAAGAGAAACCCAAGUAUACCAAUAUAGUGAUCUCCCUGACCAAAGUUUAG